GAAUUUCGAUAGUUCAUUGACUACUGGCAAAUUGCACGCUUUGACUGUUUUGCGUUUGUUUAUACGUUUAUUUGUUGAAAAUGAGCAACGAAAUUGACAGAGAAGACUUAAAGCGUAGUGCAGCUGCAGAUUCAGAUGAGACGGAGCACGCUGCUGCAGCGGAGGCAGAGGCAGAUUGCGAAGAUGAAGGCUGGAUUGGACCAAUGCCAUCGGAGCAAACCGCUGCGGUGCCGGCUAAGAAGAAGAAAGUGCUGCCUUAUGAACACAUCUACUUGGAGAAUUUGCCCAACGCCGAAAGCUAUGAGCGCAGUUACAUGCAUCGCGACGUCAUCACGCAUUUGGUGAGCACUAAAACGGAGUUUGUGAUUACGGCCAGUUUGGAUGGCCAUAUCAAGUUUUGGAAAAAAAUGGAUCUGGGCAUUGACUUUGUUAAGCAUUUUCGUAGUCAUUUGGUGCCGAUCAAGUCACUCUCGACCAACAGCAGCGGCACAUUACUCUGCUCAGCGGCAAGCGAUCAAACAGCUAAAGUCUUCGAUGUGGUCAACUUUGAUAUGAUCAAUAUAAUACGCUUGGGUUAUACGCCGCUUUGUAGCGAGUGGAUUAACUCGCCAGGAGAUGCCGUGCAAGGAUUGGCUAUCACGGACUCGGAGAGCAAUUGCAUAUAUAUUUACGAUGGCCAAAGCGGAGGUGAAGUCUUGCGCACGCUGGAUAAGCUGCACUCGGCACCUGUUGUUGCAAUGUGUUUCAAUGUGGCAAUGGAAACGGUUAUUUCUGUGGAUCUUAAUGGCAUUUUAGAGUAUUGGCAGAACUCCAAGCACGAUUACAAGUUCCCGCAGCGUUUGGUUAAUUUUGAAUCCAAGCUGGAUACGAGUCUCUUUGAGUUUGCCAAGAAUAAGACAUUAGUGACUGGCCUAGCAUCAACGCCAGAUGGCAAGCGAUUUGCUGCAAUUUCAACAGAUCGCAAAGUACGCGUAUUUCAGUUCAACACCGGAAAACUCCUGCGUGUUUUCGAUGAAGCACUAACCACUUACACCCAAAUGCAACAAACGCCGCAUGCCUUGCCUAACAUGGAAUUUGGCAGACGAAUGGCUGCAGAACGAGACUUGGAGAAGACUGCUCAAAAUACAACGCUCAACAUUCUAUUCGACAGCACCGGUCAUUUUCUGCUUUAUCCAACAAUGCUGGGCAUUAAAGUUAUCAAUGUGGCCACAAAUCGCUGUGUUACAAUUCUGGGUAAAACGGAUAAUAUUCGUCCGCUGCAAGUGGCCUUGUUUCAGGGUCGAAUCAAGCGACAAAAGGCAGCUAUAACCCUCGAACAGGAAGCCAGCGAGAAUCCAGCGCUGCAAAAUCUGCUUAAUGAUCCAACAGCCUUUUGUACAGCCUACAAAAAGAAUCGCUUUUACAUAUAUAGUAGACGUCUGCCUUCGGAUCUGCAAGAUGUUGAUCGUGACAUAUUCAAUGAGAAGCCAUCGAAGGAAGAUAUCAUUGCUGUGCCCGAGUCUCAAGAAGAAGUUAUACAACGCAUAUAUGAAAAUGUGGUACUACACACCACAAAAGGGGAUAUUCAUAUGAAACUGUUUUUCAAGGAGGUGCCAAAAACCGUGGAAAACUUUUGUGUGCAUGCAAAGAAUGGCUACUACAAUGGACAUAUAUUCCAUCGAGUUAUCAAGGGAUUUAUGGUACAGACUGGCGAUCCCACUGGCACAGGCACUGGCGGCAAGUCCAUUUGGGGCAAUGACUUUAAGGAUGAAUUUGUGCCGAGUUUGAAACACGAUCGUCCCUAUACUGUGAGCAUGGCAAAUGCGGGUCCAAAUACAAAUGGAAGUCAAUUCUUUAUAACAGUAUUGCCUACGCCUUGGCUGGAUAACAAGCAUACGGUGUUUGGUCGUGUGUUUCGAGGCAUGGAAGUGGUGCUCAAUAUAUGUAAUGCUAAAGCAAAUCCCAAAACCGACAAGCCAUACGACGACAUUAAAAUAAUUUCAAUUCAUUUAAGUAAUUAGGUAAAAUGUAAUGAAAUUAAACGGUUUUAUUAUUUGAA